AUGUCGUUGAAGGAAAGCAUCGCAUCAUCGUCGUCGUCUUCCCAUUCUUCUCCUCCGAUGGAAUCGCCCUUUCCUCCUCCUGCUCCUAACGCUGCUCGUGAGACUUUCCUCAUGGUAAAAAGACGCUUACAAUCUCGUCGUGUUCUUAUUCUAGUGGUGGUGCCGAUGUGUGCAUGGAGAUAUAACGGUAGAUUUCCAUGUUGUUUCUUCUGAUAGCUCCUGGCUUCGGCUGUUAGAAGGUGCAGAUUGUCGGAGGGACUCUGCAGGCUGUCGAUCUUUCUCAAGGGCGUGUACGCUUCUGAUUCCCCUUCCAUCAAAUUCUCCGGUAAGAAAAAAUGAAUGUCAGCGUAUAACAUCUGGCGACUAAUUGCGGCUAAGAGAUCAUACCUGGGGGCGGUCUUCAGAUCUUGCUUAAUUUUAAAGCGUUAUCGUCUAGUUACUAUCUCUUUCGCUGGCCACCAUUCAUUUCUACAGAUUUAUGCAUGCCGGGUAGAGAAUUCUUCUCAAUAUUCCGUCCCGAGUUUGGUCACUGCCACUUAUUUCGUAGUUUUUAACGGCGGUAGUAGUUAAUCCUUAUCCACCGAGCUAUAGAUCCGGAUGGGAUGGUUUGUGAAACAACGAAACUCCAUCUUACUCUACUAGUGCAUGCAACCAGUUUCGGACACGGGCAUCGGCAGCAGUCUGGAGGAUUUCCAUGGUAUGGAUGAGCAUCUCGGGAGGGUCCCUCCCUCCGCUACCGAAAAAUGGGGUAAUUCUAAUCAUCUUAGAAGUUUCCGGAUCAUUCGGAUGUUUCUAUCCUCCCCGACACACCUCGCUUGGGUGGACUGACUUGAUUGGCGUCGCUAUUCUGUUUUCAGAUGGGAUCCUGUUCGUCACAACGACAUGUAAGCGAGCCUUUCCUUCUGUCAUUGUUUCCUAACUGUCCCUGCCAGGAAUACUAAGCUCCUCUCGUGUUUCCCAAAUGCUUCUUCACUUAGAUGUGAUUUGCGAAUAGUUUUCUGGGUCGUUCCCCCUCAGGUAUCCGUGACAAAGAGGUGUACCGCUACCGGUUGAACCUGAUGGAGCAGGCAGGAACGGCCGCAAGACUGACGAAGCUUCCCUCUUUGUCCAAGAACGGCAAUAAAUUCAGGUGCGUCCUAGAAGUUAACCUCCGUUUGUUCUAAUGUCUUGUAUCUGGUUUUGACUUUCUAAGGCAUUUAUUUUGUUGUAUUUUUGGCUUCGUUUUCAGCGGGACUGAGGUGUCGGUCUCCAUGUCGGUGGAGGAAGGCGUUGGUGAAUUCGCAAAGUGGGUGGGCGGGCUCAUCCGGAAGGUAGUGUUUUCAUUUGUUCGUUCAUUUUGUGGUGGUCCGGUGGAACGUAGAUUUGACUUUCAUCCACCAAUUGCAAUGUUAUCGGAUUCUAGUAAGCCGAAUGGGAGCAGCUCCCGUAUUGCAUCAGAUCUGGCUACAGAGCAAUAUACUCCAGAGACCUAUUGAGUCAUAUUUUCUGUUAGUAUAAAUGAACAGCUUAACCAUAUAGUUAAUAAGCAUCCCCAGCAUUGUGAUCUUCAAAUAUUUCAGGUAUAUCUCAACGCUUAUGCUCUUUUGUUUCUUUUUGUAGGUUUCAAUAUUAAGGAUUCCUGUAAGUUUUCUAUGUUUUUCCUUGUAUUUACAUUUAUUUCCAACUGUGACAUGUUUUGAUUCAUGUUGAAGUUAGAAAUAGUUCAACUAUAUCAGCUAUCAUGGUUUCUGUAUAGUCCCUCACCCCCAAAUGCCAUCUCCACUUUCAUGAAUUAUAUGCAUUCUGUUCUGACAAAUGUUUGUCACUUUUUGCAGUUUUACAUAUUCUUGCUUUUUCAUCGAAAAUCUUCGUAGAGACAACCUAUCAUAUCCAGCCAUAUUAGAUGAUCCAAACCAAGUUUAGUGUUAUAUGUCCGACAGUUUAGGUAAAAAUAUUCCAAAAUUAAGAUCCAUGGUCUCUGAAGCUCUUACUAAUCGCCAUUGCGUUUUGGUGAACGCUGGGCUGACAUUGUAUCACCGUUGUAUGCGGUAAUAUCUACCAGAUAUCCAGUUAACUAUCGAUCCAGGGGCUUAUCCUGUCCAUAUGGUCUUCAAUAAACCCUGUCGUCGUGGAAUCUUAAAACUGAAUUACCGGGGAAUCCAAAAUCUGAGUGCCUAUAAGGUGACCCCAAACCUAUCAUCUAUGGUCGAAUAUUUGGAGAUAUUUCUUUUGAGGUUUGUGAGGAACGAAUUCCUUUGGUGCUUUCCCUCCAUGAUGGGUUCUCUCAUGGUGAGGCUUGCGAUAAACUUUAGGGCUCUUCGUCCAGUAAGGUUUUCUUUUAUUUUCCGUAAUCACUCCCGCAGCGUUUCUAAGACUAUUUUCCUCCGGACCUUUUAUCUUCAAUGCUCUUCUUAUCUUGUUCUCAUUAGAUAACCAUUCUGUAUAUGGACCCAUGUUGUCCACAUUAGAACCAGUAGAGAAACAAUUCCAAUAUUUUGCUUCAUGUUCUAUAUGUGAUCAUAUUGGUUUUUCUAGUGAUUGCUUCUUUAUUCUAUUCCACUCUUGUGGGACAUCAGCGACAUCAGGUUGACUACACUCGAAUCUCAAAAGUUCGGCAUGUGUCUCUUUGGACUUCCAGCAGAACAUCAACCUUCAAUGACCUUGGUCAAGUAGUUUAUAUAGACAAGGUUGUGAAUAAUGGAGAUGGAAUGAAGAGGGCCAUGCUUGAUGUUUCCUCACUGUACUUGUAUGAACGGCAUCUUUCUUCUAUUUUCGAUAAGUUUGUCUGUCUUAAAAGGAAAUCACUUGUUCUUACUUAUGCCAGCAAUGAUAGUAGCAGGCAUUAGUGUGUCAGAUCUUUAAUUAGAAAGAAAGUAUUAUGUUUACAUUGGCAGAGCGACUGAAGCUGAACGUAGACAAUGAAUUUAACUCCACAGACGCUUUUACCUGGAUACCACACCGACCCUGGAAAGUAUAAGAGCUGAUAUCAAUUUACUUUUGAUAAUUCAAUAGUAUUUUUUGCACCGUCAUGUUGUGUUUUUCCUAAAUACCACACUAACUCAUAGUAUUUUUCCUAAAUGUUGUGUUAUUUAUUCUCUUGCUAUAGAAGUGCUGCCGGAAAAGUAAUCUGUUUGAUUUUCUUGGUUGUUUCAGAUAAUCGCAUUUCAGCUUAAAAGCGAGGACAUAAACAUUUACGGUUCAAAUUAUGAAAGUAUUCCCAUGGAAAUCCGUACUCUUCAACCACUUCCAAGUUCCAACAUUGAACGUCUGAUUUCUGGUCUUGAAGAUUAUGUUCGUAGGCACGGAAAUGUGUUAGGGAAGAUGUGCCAGUCUUGCUUCUCAAGUGGGUAAGGUCUAACUUUUCGACACUACAUGUGAUAAGUUUUAUUUUCAUAAAAAUUCUUUAAUAUUUUUAGUAACUUUAACCAAAAUGACACUCUAAUUUUUAUUUUCGAGCAUGUAGUCUAAAAGUUGUAAAAUCGCCGCCUUCUAUGAACCUAUUCUACUAGUCUAUGCUUUAUUAGUUGGACCUGUCACAACCUUCAUCUUCUUUCAAGAUAUGGCAUGAUUUUCUUAACUCAGGAGAAUGACUUCAAAAUUUUCAUUUCCUGGUAUGCCUUUUCUGAUACAUUUACAUGAUGGCGGGUAUUCAGAGUCUGCCAAAUAGCUCAUAACUCUCCGGGGAGCAUUGGGAAACAUUUGGCUCUACUUCAGGCUUAUCGAAUGUCUUGACACUCAUUUGUAGAGAAAACUUCAUGGUCGGAAGUGGGGUCGCUAGCAGCACAAGAAAAAGACAAAUCGUAGAGGUGGUUAUACUAUUCGCUCAAGUACCUGAUUCAUCGGAGAGCUCCUGCUCGUGGGCAUCCUACAUAAAAAACAAGGUCUCAUUUACUGACGCCUUUAUUUCUUUUAUAGUCAUACAGCGGUUAAUUUUUCCAAAGGAUCUAAAUAUGCCUGAAAUAUCUCAGUUCAGCCUGCUGCUCGGUGUUUUUUCCCCUCAGAAGAACUGGAGAUAAACUAGACAACUGAUCUUUUGCAGGUAUUAUAUUUUCGCGACUAUUUAGCUUACCCAGUCCCCGAACCGGCCUGGCACGCAUUGGGGAGCACCGACUGGGAGAGCUAUGGGCUCAGCCUGGGCCGAGAUCCUCUUGACGAGGACGGCCACACAUCUCUUAAAUGUGAGACCUUGCCGCCAUCUGUGAAGAUCAUUAUUGCCAUCCAUUGCUACUGGAAACAAUAUCCUCCAUACAUAUUUCUUCCCAACUCGUGGGAAUCACAUUUCUUCUUCACACCACAAGCAACACUAAUCCCUUGACCAGGAAUAAGGUUUUGCCACUACAAGCACUCCAGGGGAGUGGAGUCGACAAGAAUCUCGUGAAAAGAGCUGUGAAGUCCGGAUUGGACAAUCUGAAGAUGAAGCAUAGAGGCGUUUUCCUUGGCCCUCGUGCUCUCAAGGUAAAUGCUCUUUCUCUGGACAACUACAUGGGUAUCCGUGUCAAUGAGCUGCAUAAGCCUGGACGGCCCAGUCCAGAAUUUUUGGCUUGGCCAGUACAGAAACAAAUAUGGGCUGGGCUGUAUUGACUGGUCGAUGAUCUUUUUCCACCGUCCACCAAACCUUGAUCUCUCCAGAUCCAGAAGUACGUCCCGGAUCUCUCCAGAGCCCUCGCGGGUCUGAUCCUGUCGUCCAAUGAUCGAGACUUCCAGAACGAGUGCGCCUUGCUGCUCGGCCUGGACCCGCUGGACGUUGGUGUCGAAGGCAAGGUCGAGUGGUGCAUCCGAGAGAAGGUCACCAGGGUUGUGGAGACGAGCGGCGGAAAGGAGCCCAAAGAGGGCGCUCCCUGCCUUUUUGAAUGCCAAGGCCCCGCAGAAGCGAACUAA